UUUUCUGCUCAGAAUUCUGCCCUGCUGAUGUUUGUUUUUUUUCGAUGGGAAUCUUACACCGAUUUAAUUGAGAAAUUUAACUUAAAUAGAGACCAACUGGCACGCGGGAACAAUGGUGAACGACUCUGGUCUAUCGACAGUUGACGACUUGGAGCAAAAACUGACUUCGGCCAAGCAGUCGCUGUUGAUCUUAAAUGAAAACAUUCGCCGCAUUGCUGGUCGCGUCCCCAAGGAUUCCCAGCAGAGAUCGGAGAAGUUCAAGUACACCCACGAUGCCAAGAAGAACGACCACAACGGCGAUCGACCUUUUCCCCGGAACGGACCAGGUGGGGUCUUCAAAGACAAGCGGCGGAUGUACGAGAGCAAGAACCCGAUUCCCCGCUUCCCCAUCGAGGAGAACGAGGGUCGGCCGCCAAGGAUUAACUCCCGGGUCAUCCGGGAAAUGCCCACCAAGAAGGAGGUGGUCGAGGCGCAGGGCACAGACUCCGAGUCGCGGGCGCGGAAUCGCCGGAUGUUUGGAUCGCUGCUGGGAACCCUGCAGAAGUUUUGCCAGGAGGAGUCGCGGCUGAAGAGCAAGGAGGACAAGAAAGCGGAGAUCGACAGGAAGGUGGAGAAGCAGGAACUCCAGGAAAGAGCCUUGCUGAGGAAACAGCGAGAAACGCUUUUCUUAGACAGAAAAAAAAAACAGUUCGAGAUCCGCCGAUUGGAGUACAAAAUGGCCAGAAUGAAGGACUUUAAAGCCUGGGAAGCAACCAUGUCGCAUGCAAAGAAUCACAUUAGAACUAAAACGAAACCACACAUAUUCUUCCGGCCGAAGCAGCAUUCCGCCCGGACGGAAAAGCUUUUGAGCAAAAGUAGGAGCGAGGCUGAUGUCUUCAUAGAAUGCAGGCGCGAAGAACUGGAAGUCGAGCUAAAAAACUUGGAGAACAUGAAUUUUGCGAAAAUGGAGGAUGAUAACGUAAUGGACGAAAGCUUCUAUGAAGAGCCUGACGAUGAUCACUUGGAUAAGUAGUAAUGAGGUGGAGUUUUCAAUCCGUGAAAAGAGCCUUUAAGAAAAUAUACUAUUUAUAUUUCGUUUGAACCCCGGCUAUUUCACGCUAGCUUUUAUAAUCAGAAGCAAUUAUAAAACGAAUUGAUAAUGUCGAUUUUGGACAUUCACAAAUAAAUACACAUAGCUUGAAAUGUUUAUUUUAAAAA